UAAAUUUGCAAGUAGGUACUUACAAUUCUGUUGAGCUUCUUCGAACAUAUCAACAAAAACAUACAAAAAAAAACAAAAUGAUGAGCUUCAAUUUAUGUGGACUUUUCUUUCUCUUUGCUGUAAUUUUGAUAAUUGCACCAUCUUCUUUGGCUCAAUGUAUUAGAAAUAGAGAUGGAUGUCAACCUGAUGGAAGUCAAGGAGUAUGCUGCUCUGGAUUUUGUUACAAAGAAGCAAAUUGGGUUGCAGGAUAUUGCAAAUAGGAUAUAUGACAAUGUUCGACUUGAAUAAAAUUCAUAAAUCCAAUAAAUUUAUCAAUUUCUAUGAUUUGUAAACAUUUUGGCUCUUUAAUUUUUUUUUUGUCACUUUUAAAAAAUACUGUAUAUUGUAAACAACUUUUAAUUUUCAAUUGUUUUUAACAAUAUCUUCAACUUAAAAUACAUGUAUUUGAAAUAAAAUUUCACCUUUAAUUCUA